UAUAAAAUAGAAUGAGUGAGUUCUAUUGUGACAAUUGAUGGGUGGAAAAAUUCAAUUGACUAAUUGCAUCGGUGUCAUCUACAGAUGGAGAAAUCUCGGGUGUUUGUGGGAAUCCCUGAUAUUUUCAGAAUUCUGUCCCGAUCUGACAUUUUCGAGAUUCCGCACACGUCUAAUUAUAAAAUAUUCUUUGAAGGAAGUAGCACAACACGAUGGGAAGGACGGAGCAAAUGUCUGGAUUGUAAUUUACGAUAUGGUGUACGAUGUGACAGAAUACAAAGAUAAGCAUCCUGGUGGACCAGAAUUAAUCGAAGAGUACGCGGGACAGGAUGCAACACGUGGAUUUGAUGAGUUUGGUCACUCUUCAGAUGCGAAACGUAUGCUAAAGAAGUUCCUCGUAGGUGAAUUAGUGGAGGAUGAUAAAGUAAGGAACAGGAGAAAAAAGAAUGAUAACACGGUUGAAAUAAAUCCAGAAAUAAGAAGUGGAAGAAGAAGGUUUCUAUCAGUAUUAUGUUUCAAGUGUGUAACGUGACAUCGAAGGAGAAUUUAACAAAUCCCGUGACA